UACACAUAUAAAUAUAAGUACUACAUCAAAUGUGUAGUCCUGUAUCAACUUUUGAAGGAUUUCGAGUAAUCUGAAGUGGUACUAACUUUACUUCCUGUUCUUAAAAACGUGAAUACCGUUUAAGUUAGCCGGACACAAGUUUACAUAUAAGUAUUACGUUGUAAGCGCGUGUUGCUUUUAACUUUUGAACAAAUUUCGGUAACCAGAUGUGAUAUGUGACUGUAUUUUCGAGAAAAAAUUUCAUAUAUACGAAUACAAUUUUAUAUUUUACUUCCAACUUUUGAAAUACUUCCGAUGACCUGAAGUGGUGCUUUAUAUUCAGUUAGGAGCGACAAAAAUGUCGCGGUUUCAACUUUUUCUUCGCCGCUUGAAUAUCCGAGUGUGUCUGAUUGUCGUCGUGUGCGGUGUGGUCGCCAUUUUUCUUCUCAUGCCGAAAAUCGCAAGUUGGGCGCUGACCACGAUGGACAUACCAGACACCCAGCAGAGACAGUUGAGAAAUCUGCGAGACCGUGGUCACGUGACCAAUCUGGCGGCCUUAGACCUGAGCCUGAUGACUGACGAGGAACUGCUGCUCACCGUCCACAGCUACCCAGACAACACUAACACAAUAUGCGAAAGAAAACUACGAAUGGGGAACCUUGAAGACGGAGGCUGGGAGAUAUGUGACGACAAAGAUGUCCGCCCCACCCCACCCUGCACAAUCUACUCAUUCGGCAUCAACUACGACUUCUCGUUCGAUGACGACGCCGCAAGAUAUUACGGCUGCCAUGUUUUUUCUUUUGAUCCAAGCAUGGGCAUUGCUCCAGAUCGAUUUAACAGAUCUUCCCACAUUCACUUCUACAAGUUGGGAAUUUCUCACCAAAACGUCAUUGACUCCAAAGGGUGGGAGCUGAAAACUUUUUCAGCACUAAAACAACUGCUUGGACACAGGGACAAUUUGAUCCAAGUUGUCAAGAUGGACAUCGAACAAGCGGAGUGGAAGACCAUUGAAGAGAUGAGCCAAUCUGGACAGUUGGCCACCAUCGGCCAGUUUUUGGUCGAGUUUCACGUGGUCAGCGAUAGCCGGGACUACUUGUUGCCGAGGUUAAAGGUCAUGCAGAUACUGGAGAGAGCGGGGUUUAAGAAGUUUUACGUGCACAAGAACACGUAUUGUGGGACGUUAGUGCGGGGGUUUCCUGCUACAAGAACGGAAUGUUACGAAGUUCACUAUGUCCGUAGAUGAUCGGCAAUAGUGAACGGAAUGUUACGAAGUUCACUAUGUCCGUAGAUGAUCGGCAAUAGUGAACGGAAUGUUACGAAGUUCACUAUGUCCGUAGAUGAUCGGCAAUAGUGAACGGAAUGUUACGAAGUUCACUAUGUCCGUAGAUGAUCGGCAAUAGUGAACGGAAUGUUACGAAGUUCACUAUGUCCGUAGAUAAUCGGCACAAGUGAACGGAAUGUUACGAAGUUCACUAUGUCUGUAGAUAAUCGGCAACGUUGGCGGAUCACAUUGG